AAUGAUGAAAUAUUUAUUGAACAUUUGAUUGAACAAGAACGUACAGCUGAAGAAAUGCGUAAAAAAAUCUAUGAACAAGAACUUCAAAAAGAACAAGAAGCAAAACAACGUGUUAAAAAUGAUCUUAUGGAAGCAUUACUUCAUGCAAAUGGUAAUGUCGAUCAAAUACUUAAAAAAAGUAUUGAAGAUCUUGAAAGAAAACGUAAAGAAGAUGUUCAACCAAUUAUGCCUAAUAUGAUAAAAAGAGAAGAAGACAUUCUUAUAUCAUUAUCAAACGAUCAAAAUCAACAACGAUUAUUUGAAUAUACUCCACCAGUUUAUGAUCAUCAAGGACCAUCAGUACCUGAUAAAAAUGAUCUUGAACAACUCGGAUACUUAGAUCAUGUUCGUCAAGAAAGACCAGUUGAACGUGCGGGUGGUUAUACAAGAGAAUAUCCGUGUUUGCGUGCUAUACAAGAAGCAUUUGAUAUGUUGUUAUUUGUAAAAGAAAAUUCUUUGAUGAAUGUUAAACAAGAUUCUACAGAUGAAAAUGAACCUAUGGAAAGUUAA